AUGAGCAUUAUCGGAGAGUUCGAAAUAGAUGAAUGCUCUAACCACAGUUGCUCUGACAAUUCAAGUUUGCAUAUUGACAACAGUCAGAGUUUUCCCUUGGGUUUCACCGACUUUGAACAGUACUGUUCUCCAACGGAUUUAACCUCUGAAUACGAAAGAAAUUCACCUCUAAAUGAACACAUUGCUGUUGACACAACCAGGAGCUCUACACUACUUGGUCCGAAUGAAAUCUCCCAAAAUAUAGAAAGAGAGUUAUCUCCGACAUCAUAUUGGCUUGAAGUGGAUGGGAAUGAAGAGUUCAAAAGUACUUUAAGGCUGAGUCCAAGACUUUAUUCAACUAAUGAAAAUGGACGGAGUUUAAUGCAGGAAGAAACGGAAGAUGAAAACGACAAGCUUCAAUUAUUUAAAGAUUCAAAGUCUGUGAACUCCACCGCAACCUCAUCUCUGCCACGUUCAUACUGCACUCAAACUCAAAUAAACAGUUUAUGGACAUCAACACCAAAUUGUACAAGUGAUCAAGAGCAGGAAACCGUAUGUUUGUAUGAACAACCAAAAACGUCUCCUUUUAAAGCCAUAGGUGGCCCUGAACAAGGAAUGAAUGAUGGUGUGUGUGCUGAAAGCAUGCAACAAAUUCCUUCAACUUGGAUGCCGGCAAAGGAUCAAGGAAGCACCACGCACACAUUUUGUGAAGUAAUGGCAAUGCCACAAAUUUACUCCAAUGCUCAAKCGCAUCCUUUUCGCGUGGAAAUGGGUAACGACGGACAGCAGUACAUGAUAGUGGACCGCAAAUACUUACCUCAAAUUUCUGAAGGUUUAGUUUCUAUGCAUUUGAGCGACAAUAACAAAACCUACAUGCUGGCAGGGAUCCCGAUGCAACAUUUUGGGGAAUAUCCAUUGCCAAAUCAGUCCAGUGAUAGUCAAUAUGCCAAUAGCAGCAGCACUCUUUCCAGUCAGCAGGAAUCAAGAACCAAAUCGCCAUUCGAGGAUUUUAGUGGAUUUACAGAAGCGGAAAUGACUGUAGAUGAGUCUGUGAUCGAAGAACAGAAACGAAAGGAAUUAAUGCAAAUAAGACGACGAGAAAAGAAUAAGGACUGCAGUAGAGAAUUCCGCAGAAAGCUUAAAGAAAAAGAACGCAAUUUGAAGGAGGGUCGAAUAGAAAAGCAACGUCAACUGGAGGUGAUCAACAAAAGAAACGAGAAUCUUUUCCGCAUGCUAUCCAGGGCGUCAGUUCAGUGUUGCGAGAAGGGGAAACGCAUUGCUUCAGCAGGCAUGCACACAUGGAACAAGGAAAACAGCGUACAUGGGUACAAAGUUAGUCAUUGCAACUUGUGAUAAACGGGGCAGUUGUUGACAWGGAAASGACUGUAAUGCCGUAAGGUGCAACGUGUCUUGCACAUCAAUGCAAGCAAUUGAAUAGAAUUGCUUGAAUUCAUGUAAUUCGUGAAUAUCAAUCCCUUUAAAAUUGUUGUAAAUUGUUUUGUUAAUAAAAUGUUUA